AAAAAAAAAAAAAAAAAAAACCCGACCAGCGCAGUUAGUUCGAGAUCGCCGACAAGACAACAAGUUCAGAAAAGGAAAAGGAAAACUCAAGAAGUGAAGAAUUCAAGAUAGUGAAGAAUUCAAGAUAGUGUGAACGCCGCCGCGUUAUUCGAGUUUUACCUGUAAACUUGGCUGAUUCAAUAAAGCUUUGAUUUUUAAUCUAAUCACUGGUUUCUAUUUCACGCAAUCCAGCGCACUAAUGUUAGACACCUCGGUGCCUAACAUUCUGGUCCUUCGAGCCGGAUUAUCGUGAUUAGAAUGCCAGUGACUAGAUCAGUAGGUCGCCAGGCCGCUUCGGCAGUCGCGACUGGUACGCCGGCUACGACGACCGACACUACCAGCGCAACGGGGACAACGACGGAGGCCACGCAGACGUCCGUGACUGAAAUCACGGAAGGAUCAUCGCAGCCGACCGUCGCCGGUGUCGCCGUGGAGGAGCAGCAAGCCGCCACAGCGAAGCCCCCGCAACCGCCGACCGGAAGCAAGCCAGCUUCCACAACGAAGCGAUCUUCCAAAGCUCAUCGUGUCGCCCAAGCCAAGACUGAACUCGCCCGGCUGAGAUUGGAGCUCGCCGCCGCAAAGCUGGCUGAAAUUGAAGCCGCCGACAGCGACGAAGACGACGUCGACUCUGUCAUCAGCGUUGCGGAGGCCGAGCAAUCUCGGCGUGUCGACAGUUGGCUUCGAGAGAGCCAACACCAACUGCCGCCUGAAGAGAACGUGCCAGCGACCGCAGCCGUGUCCUGGCGCGCCUCGGCGCCUGCACCGGCGGGAGUCACUGCCGCACACCCGCCGUCUCAGCGCCCCGGAGCUACGCAGCCGUUGCCGGCGACCGCCGCCGUGUCCCGGCAACCCGCCACCGCUGCGCCAGCCUUCGUGCCAGCGACCGCCGCCGCGUCCUGGCAGCCAGCCGCCGCUGCGCAAGCCUUCGAGCCAGUGACCGCCGCCGCGCCCUGGCAACAGUUGCAGCCAACGAUCGCUGCCGCACCGUGGCAGCCUCGCAACUACUUCGCACAGCCGCCGCCAGUGAUCGCCGCCUGGCACAACAGCAAGGAGGUGUCGCGACAGUUUCCUGCCAACACCGACAUCUCGAAACCGAACGUGAGCUGCGUGAAAGAGCCCGCUGUCAACUCAGCGAGCACUCAACAAGGAGCAGUGAAAACGGAGCUGCAGGAGUUAGCUUCGGCGAUUACGCAGGCAGUGCAGGCCGCAAAUUAUAAGCAACCACUGAGGUAUGUCGAGUUACCCAUAUUUAAUGGUGCACAUCAAGAGUGGUUAACCUUUCGUGCCGCGUAUUGUGAGACGUCCCAUCACUUCACGGAGGUCGAGAAUAUGUCCCGACUACGCCGCAGCCUCCGUGGGAUAGCGAAGGACGCAGUGCAAGGCCUAUUGAUCACGAAUGCAGACCCGGCCGGGGUCAUGAAGACACUAGAGACUCGCUUCGGUCGACCCGAGUCCAUUGCCAUGGCGGAGAUGGACAGAUUGCGCGCGCUGCCGAGACUCACCGAGUCACCGCGCGACUUAUGCACCUUCGCCACUAGAAUACAGAAUAUCGUCGGGACUUUACAAGCGCUCAAUUGCACCUUUUAUAUGUACAAUCCAGAAUUGACUAAAGGUUUAACAGAGAAGCUCACGCCUACGCUCAAGAGGCAAUGGUACGAGUACGCCGCAUCGCAACUAGCCGGACUACCGGACCUCGUGAAGUUCAACAACUUCGUGAUGCGGGAGGCCGAAUUCUGCAGUCCGUUCGCCGCCGCCGAGACGAUCGUCGACCGCACUCCGAGCAAGAACAGUGACGGAAUGCAGCGACGACAACAGCGGGUACACGCCGCUACCGAAAGAACGGACGAAGCAAUGUGCAGUCUGUGUGCGCGACAGGGCCACACAAUCGCCGACUGCACGAGAUUCGCCAACGCCGACGUCAACACUAGAUGGGAUGAAGCAAAGAAGCGCAACCUGUGCUUCCGAUGCCUGAGACGUCGGAACAAGCAGCACAGGUGCAAAUCAAAGCAAUGUGAUAUCGACGGGUGCGAGCGCUAUCAUCAUCGCAUGCUUCACUCGACACACAAGCCUGUCGAGUCGAAAAGUGAAGAGCAGCACAACAACGAGCAAGUCAACUCAGCGUGGGUGCCGCGAGUGUCCUUCCUCAAGAUAGCUCCCGUACGCAUCUUCGGCCCGAGAAAAGCAGUCGACACCUUUGCGCUCCUCGACGACGGAUCCACAGUCUCCCUGGUAGACGACGACCUCGCGAAGAGCAUCGGGAUCGACGGACCGGAGGAGCCGCUGCACAUAUGCACUUACGACGGGACGACCAGGAACAACGCCGGAUCACGCCGAGUGUCGUUCAAAAUCAGAGGACAAGGUGAGAACCUCCGCACCCAACAGAUCGACGCGCACACCGUGAACGACUUGAAGCUCGCCACACAGAAGAUAUCCCGAGAAGCUGUUCGAGACUGCCGACACCUGGACGAAUUCGUCGCGCAUCUCGACCCUCGGGAAGUUCGCCCUCGCAUCCUCAUCGGGCAAGACAACUGGCAUCUGCUGUUGGCAACAAGAACCAAGAAGGGUAAGAGAAACCAACCCGUAGCAUCAUUAACCCCGUUGGGUUGGGUAGUGCAUGGCAGCCGUUCAAGAGCCCUCGAACAUCGGGUGAAUUUCAUCAAUUACACCGCAGCCGCAGAUGAACACAUACAGAAGUUGGUUGAAGAAUACAUCACAACGGACAACAUGUACAUUCAACCCAAGAGGCCACAGAACACCAUGGAAGAGAAGGCGUUGAAAAUAUUGGAAGAAAACACAACGCGAAUGCCCGAUGGAAGAUACCAGACCGGCCUACUGUGGAAGUCUGAAGAGGUCAACAUGCCGUGCAACUACCAGAACACAUUGAAGCGAUUGCACAACGUUGAGCGCAAACUCGACAAGGACCCGCAGCUUAGAUGCAGAUACUCGGAGCAGAUGGAGGCGCUAAUUCGCAAGGGAUAUGCAGAGCCAGCAGUCCCGACGACGUCGAUGAAGAAGUGGUACCUCCCGCACUUCGCGGUGAUCAACGCGAAGAAACCCGACAAGCUGCGAGUGGUGCACGACGCGGCUGCAAAGACCAGAGGUGUGUCUUUAAAUGACUAUUUAUACACAGGUCCUGACUUAUUGCAGCCGCUUCCCGGGAUACUUAUGCGUUUCCGGGAACACCCGUUCGCGAUCACAGCGGACAUUUCGGAGAUGUUUCUCCAAAUACAACUCCGAGAAGAGGACCGGGACGCCUUGCGCUAUCUCUGGCGAGGCACCCGACGAGACGACAAGCCUCCGCAAGAAUACAGAAUGAAGACGCUCAUCUUUGGUGCUUCGAGUUCGCCCUCAACGGCGAUAUUCGUAAUGAACCUCAACGCCGAGAGGUUCAAAGAAGAGUGUCCGGAGGCGGUCGCAGCCAUAAGAAGCAAACACUAUAUGGACGACUACAUAGACAGCUUCGAGACAUUAGAAAAGGCUACGGAAAUCGCCAAGCAAGUCCGAAGAAUCCACAGCGAAGCCCACUUCGAACUCAAGAAAUGGGCCUCGAACUCGCCCGAACUAUUGAAGGCCCUGGGCGAGAAGUCAAGCAGCGAAACAGUCAACAUUCAAGACAAGCACGAGAGAGUCCUCGGGUUAAUCUGGCGUCCAAAAGAAGAUCAACUGGCCUUCGAUCUACGCCUCGUCGACGUCCCACCGAGCCUGCUGCAAGACGAAGUUCCCACGAAACGUCAAGCCUUAAAGAUUGUUAUGUCAGUUUUUGAUCCCUUAGGACUUCUCUCUCCGCUGACAAUCAAGCCGAAGCAGUUGCUGCAGGAAGUCUGGAGACGCGGAACGCCGUGGGACGACCGACUCGACGCAGACAUAGCCGCCAGUUGGAGCAGAUGGCUGACACAAUUGAAGGCUGCCAGCAACAUCGCAGUGCCGCGGUGUUACCUGAGCUACAGCACCGCAUCUCGCCUCGAGCUUCACGUCUUCACAGACGCCAGUGAAUCGGCGUAUGCAGCGGUCCUGUACUGGCGCACCGUGGACAGCGACGGGACAACUGCGGUGACACUACUCACUGCGAAGGCGAAAGUGGCACCACUCAAGCUGCUUUCGAUCCCGCGAAUGGAGCUGCAAGCCGCGGUUCUCGGGACACGGAUGGCGAUGGCAGUGAAAAAACCCGAAGCCUGGCCAAUAGAAAAGGACCCUCAGCCCGCACACACUACGGGCGAGGAAAGGAGCCACGCCGUAUUCGCCAUCGCUCAAAAACAACACUUGAGCGAGGCCAUACCGGACGUGCAACGCUUCUCAUCGUGGCUACGUUAUCUGCGAGCGACAGCAAGAGUUCUACAAGCCAUCCAGAUACUACGCCAGCGGACGCAGAGAAUACACUACAAAAGAACGAAGAAACGUCCCAGCCAAGAUCCGGAUUGGAAAAACAACAAGGCGAGCGACGCAAAGCAACCCGAACCCGCUGUGAGCAAGAGGAGCGACUUCGUGAUAUUGCCCGCCGAGCUACAGCAUCGCGCCGAGACAAUAAUCAUAAGAGCGUCGCAAGAAGAAGCCUUCGAAGCCGAGUUGCGUGCACUAACAAACGGCACGCAACUACCCCGAGACAGCCGGCUCUAUCCCCUCAGCACUCACAUAUCUGAGGGGAUCAUAAGGCUCAAGAGUCGAAUCACCGCCGCCAUCGGAGUCUCAUAGAAUAUGAAGAAUCCGCCGAUAGUGGACGGCGGACACCUCGCAACUAAGCUGUGGAUAAAACACAUUCACGAGCUAUUGCAUCACGCCGGCACCGAAAGUACGGUAAAUCAAUGCCGACAAUACCGUUGGGUUAUACGACUGCGACCCACGGUGAAAGAAAUCAUCUCAAGAUGCCUGAAGUGCCGAAUGAAGAGGGUCAACCCGCCGCAGCCGAUCACCGGAGACCUGCCGCCUUGCAGAUUGGCACACCACCAGAGACCGUUCACUUACACCGGUCUCGACUACUUCGGCCCGCUGACAAUAACCGUCGGCAGGGCGCACCAGAAGCGAUACGUGGCGCUCUUCACGUGCCUCACCGUUCGAGCAGUGCAUUUGGAGAUCGUGCAUUCUCUGAGCACGGACUCCGCCAUCAUGGCAUUAAGACGAAUGAUCGCACGCCGCGGAUGCCCCGCGGAGAUAUGGAGUGACAACGCGACGAACUUCCACGGCGCAGAAAAGGAGCUGCGACACAUGCUGCAGGACGGAGCGGAACGAGAGGCGUCAAGAAGAGCCAUACGGUGGCGCUUCAUCCCUCCAGGAGCGCCAUUCAUGGGAGGCGCCUGGGAAAGACUUGUGCGAUCCGUAAAGACUGCACUCACCGUGGUCUUACGAGAAAAGCAUCCGAGAGAAGAAACACUCAGCACACUGCUCGCCGAGGUCGAGAACACCGUGAACAGUCGCCCGCUGACACACGUCUCGGUCAGCCCUGAAGACCCGGAAGCUCUGACACCCAACCACUUCUUGUUGGGCUGCCAGGGACCGAUCGCCACGCCGGGAUUCUCCGAGGACUACGGCUACGGGUCAAACAUCAAUCUACGCGCAGCGCAACAGUUAGCCAACGAAUUCUGGGCGCGAUGGCUAAGAGAAUAUUUACCGGAGCUGCAAAACCGGCGGGAGCCGCAUGGAAGAGGACCGACGCUUGACACAGGCGACCUGGUGCGGAUUGUCGACGGCAACUUACCAAGGAACGCGUGGGUACGAGGCAAGAUCAUCGCGACUCACCCGGGACCGGACGGCAUCGUGCGCACCGUGGACAUCGCAACGAGAGGCGGAGUCCUACGAAGACCGACGAAAAAGGUCAUAGUAAUCCUGCCGGCCUGCGAAACAGCGACCUGCACCCGUCAAGGAGAUGUAUCGCCCCCAGCAGGCGAUACACGGCGGGAGGAUGUGCAGGAUGAUUAA